AUGAAUCCGUUCAAUCGACGAAGCAGGUCCGCCUCGGCCUCGCGCCCCCAGAACAACAAUGCUUCGGCCUCAGCUCAUGUCGCCGCCACCCAGGCCUUUCUGGCCAGCCGUGCUUCGCAGGCGAACCUGUCAUCUUCCGCUGCAGCCGCUGCUCUCAGGGCUCUGACUCCGCCCCCAACCCAAGUCAGUCAGGUGCAGACAAAACGCAUGGUGCAGAAGCGGGCGUCCAUGUCCUCCGUCACAGGCUCAGCUAGAGGGAGACCUGCUGCUCUACAAAGGCAAGGCAGUUCUUCGUCCAUGACCGAGAGGACCUUUCGAACACCCUCGCCGUCUCCCUCCAGAGCAGCAUCACGCCCUGAACCUAACGUGCAUCCGCCCGUUCCUGCCCUACCUCACAGCUAUGCGAACAGUCCGACCGCUGCGCCAAAGCCGAAACCUUCCAAGCAGCGCGUUCCUAGUCAAGACGCUCCUGCUCCGCGUCCGUCUUCUCCGCCAGCAGCGCGACCCAACAAACAAGGCCAAAGUUCUGAUCCCUUCGGAACACAACCACAACCACAGCAGCAACGGCAAACACCUGCCGCAGUACGCAGGCCUGACCUGGCUGUUCCCAAUGAGCUCGAACGUACAGACAGUAGGAACUCUGUCAACUUCUCCCGGCCCUUGUCUCCCCGACCUCAAUCUCCUGUCCCACAGUCACCUGUCGCAAACCCCUUCAUGCUCACAAAUGGUGAUCGCUUUCCGCCAAAUAUUGUAGCAUCUAUCUCUCCUGCCCAGGCUGACGACAUCCAAUACGGUCUAACACAAGUUGCCAACCAGCCAGUGAAGAAAAAGAAAAAGAAGGUCGCUAGUCACGCCGCCGAAGGCAGCCAUCUUCAUGAUGGCACUAUGGCAAGCAGACCGGUGGUAACACCGCUCGAAUCCGGUCCUCUACAUAUGGAACACUCUUUGCCUCGAGACCAGCAGCAACCUGUGCCGAAGAAGAAGAAGAAAAAGAAGAAAGCUGCAGUGACGGGCGAAGCCUCUCAUUUUUCUACCACCGACUAUAGCGAUUAUACGGAACAGACCGAUUUCGGUCCGCGGCCUGACUCGGACUCGGAUUCCAACACGGAAAGGACCAAAGAAAAGCGCGCCCAGAGAGCCUCGGGGGUAUUGCAGAAGCAGCCCUCUAUAGUGAAAGAGGACUGGGAAGGCGAACAGCAGGAACAAGUUACUCCCACUCUCGGUCAAAACGAUGUAGCAUCAGCACAAGGCUCAACACAGAUCGCCACAUCUUCAAAUCCACCUACAACACGGUCAUUGACUGCAGCCAAUGUGUCUAGGAAGAUGGGUGAGCCCACUCCUGUCCCGAAAUCACGCGCCCAGCCAGCAGUCGCUGACUAUAAUGCAUUCACUACCGCAGAACAAUCAGAUUCAUCCGUCGCUUCAUCCAAUAACCUCCAGGUUCAAGCUCCCCAGUCUGCCAGGGGCUCAUCCUUGAGCCCUUCUCGGUCUACAAGAUUCUCAGAAAGCCUUUCCUCAGAUCUUGCCGCGGGCCGAAAGCAUGAUCCACUUCCACGAUCUGUCUCACCCGCUAAAUCAGCACUGAAGCACCAUUCACCGGCACCAAGCGGUUCCCCACUGGAUCCCAGUUUUAACAGACCCAGGGGUGCUAGUGCCACCCCGAGCGAGACUUCAGAUAUCUCCACCACGGAAGCUGAGACUCUUCCUAAACACAAGAAAUCUGCUCGUGUCAGCUUUGAUGCAGCACCAGAAGUCGUUGGGGAACCCGCGUCUGGUGAAGCCUUUGAGAGUCCGAGUAAAGAGAAGAAGAGUUGGCUUGGUCUUGGGAAGAGCAAACCUACACUUUCCACCAUUCCGUCCAAUGACGACAUGGAGGAGUUGAUGAAGCCUCGCCCACAACUUCCAUCUUUCGGCAGUGUACGUGGUCAGAACUUACGUGGUGGAAAUGAUUUGAGCAGUGGACAAAGAGCUGUAUCUUCGGAGAAUCGUCCUCAGUACUCGAACGACGCCAAAGCUACGGCCUCCUCAAUAGCUUCGUCUGAAACUUCAUCGAGCUCGUUAAAUAAUCCAACGCCGACUGGCGUUUCGAAUGACCACCUUGUUGGCGCUAUUUUUGCACAGGAAGCUCAGAGAACUUCGCAGCCGAAAUCCGGACCCAAUGAUCCUCUACCUCCCGAGGUCACUUCGGUUGAAGGUGGCGUCUCGUUUUCUGAUUCCGAAAGUGCAACUUCGGAUGAAGACGAUGAGAUUGUCAAGGCGGCCCCUGCUGCUGAGGGGAUCGUGGUACGAGAUGCGCCGGCUCCAAAGCCGCCAACCCUUUUCGUGACAUCCGCACCAGCUGCAAGCCCACCUACUGCGCUUCCAUCGCAAACAGAGGUACCAUUACUGUCAGUUUCACCACCUACACCAGCUCUAGAGGGAAACAAGCCAAAUGAUCAGUGGCUGGUCGAGGUUCCUGGUGGCUUCCCGGUUUCCAGUGACGCCUUGGCUCAGCUUAACGAGUCGAACAAGGCUCGCACAGGCACUGGUGAACUCGCCGCUACUUCGAAUGGCCUCGGCGUCAACGUACCUAGUGAGAGUGAAUCCGACAACGAUAGCAUCUACAGUGAUGCUGCAGAAGAUCCCUCUGAACUUGACGGGACCGGCUUUGGAUCGAUCGAUGCGAUCGUCGACAGUCCAGUGAUUGUGGCUCCAUCACCCCGGCUCGCUACAGUUCCCGAAAGCCCUCUUGCACGAGUGACUGAACGCCGGUUUCCUGAGCCAGACCCUCAUAGUCCAUCAUGGGAAGAGACGCAAGCUCGCUGGAGCAAUAUCGCAGAACAGACAAAGCAAUCGCCCUUGGCUACACCACCAGCUGCUCAGCAGCUAGGACAACAGCAACCUCAAGUACCAGCAACUCAAACAACACUGACACAACCAAUCGUCGGCGCUCAACCUCAACAGACUCAGCAGAAAAAGCCAACUCAGCCCAGUCAGUCGAGGAAGAAAAAGAAGCAGUCGCCGUUGCCAGACACCGUUGCUGCGGCCCCAGUCUCAGCCGCUUUCAUGGCUGCACGUGGUGUUGUCCCCGAAUCACCACUUCGCCAAAAGAACCAACCCUCUGCGUACCCUGCCAUUCAGCAACAAAGGAUUGACAGUUCUCCACCAGCACAACAAUUCAGGCAAUCGAUGCGGACCACUUCGCCGCCCGCACCAGAGCCCAGCUUCAAGCAGUCGCUACGUGGUGAGAAUCGCCACUCGAUGCCCAAUCCCGCAGCCAACCAGCCCAAGCAGAAGCGAUUCUCGCAGCCUCCUCCACCAACAAUUCCUGCAGUGCAGGCGCAGGUUGCUGUGAAACCCGCAACACAGCCACGAGCCGCACUCCAGAAGAAACAUAUACCGCCGCAAGCCGCCCCGACUACCGGCAUUCCAGCUCAGAAGCAGAGACCGCCACCGCCGCCAAUCCCGACGAAUGAUAGUGAUUCAGAAAGCUCGUUCAGGAAAGCACGGCGCAGUAAAUCAGCUUCGGGAGGAAAGUACACCAUGCGUCGGAGUAUGCGUGGAAGUGCCGACUCUUCUCUGGCAGAUCCUCGAAAUGGGGUCCGAUCGGUAUCACCUCUUGGUCGACGACCGUUCUCCCCACCAGCAGGACCACAUUCAAUGAGAACUUCGAUGAGAGGUGCCAUGGACAACACGCCGACUCUGCGCGGAUCAACUGACACAAAACGAUCUUCCUCUCUCUUUGGUCGGCGGCAAACGAGUCGACCUCCAGCUGCUCCGGCAGUUAGUAGUACUGGCUUCGAAAGCAAGACUAAAUCGCGGAUCGUGGACUCAGAUGAUGAAGAUAACUCGCCGCGGCCAACGAAGUGGAGAUCUCGGUUCGCUGACGACAGCGAUGAUGACCCGGAAUUCACUCCAGUUCGAGGGAUCCCUCGACGAGCGAAUAAUGAUGACUCGACUGACUUAGAGGAUAGCUCAGAUGAGGAAAAGGCACCGGUACGAGCAGCACCCAAGCUUGUAGUUGCGACGAAUAACACGACAACACCUGGUGGAGUGCCAGAGCCACCAGCAAGCCCACAGAAACGCGGUCUCUUUGGUCGAUUCCGAAGCAAGAGACCCAAAGAGGAAACUCCAUCACCAGUAAUUGACUUUCCACAGCCUGCACCUAAGCAAGAGAAGACUAAGGCUUCACAACUUGGUUUCUCGUCCACGGCAGAGCGAGACAAAAUGAUCGAGCAGACUCGGGCAAGGUUGGAGGCUGCACAAAAUGUACAGGCAGCGGCGUCACCGCCGCCAUCGUCACAUGGAAAGCUUCAACGACGACAUAUACCUCAAAGAGUGAUGAGUGACUCGUGGCCGCUUCCGCCCAAGAUCCCUGAUCACAUGAACAACCGACCGGGCACCGCGGAAAGCGCACCAGUACGCAAUGGGUCAACAAGGCUUGCAGAAGGAAGCAUGAGAGGCUACCAUGACUCACCAGCGGUGGGCAAGAGCGGCAAGAAGAAGAGGUUCCCAAUGCUACGAAAGGCAUUUGGGCUCAAGGACUAA